UUCCAGGAGAGUCCCGCCUCUACGUAGACAAGUAACCAAUGGAAGCCCUGGAUCUCCGAGCACUGGCUAAUGGGAAUUGAGGUGGGCGGGCCAUCGCGCGGCCAAGCCCUGGUCCUGGAGCUGACCGCCAGAUGCCUCCCAGGGAGCGCGGACCCGAACGCAGGCAGGCCAUGUGGAUCCUCAUGAGCUGGCUGGCCUUAGCGGCCGGGCUGGUGGCUGGAACACAGUGUCCAGAUGGUCAGUUCUGCCCUGUUGCCUGCUGCCUUGACCAGGAAGGAGCUAACUACAGCUGCUGUAACCCUCUGCUGGACACAGGGUCUAUAAUAACGAGCCAACCUCUAAAUGGCUUCUGCCAGAAUGGUGGCCGCUGUCCUGCUGGCUUCUCUUGUCUUCAGGAUGAGUCUGGGACCUCCAGGUGCUGCCCGUUCCCUAAGGGUGUAUCUUGCGGUGAUGGCCACCACUGCUGCCCUCAGGGCCACCAGUGUAGUGAGAACGGGAAGUUGUGCAUCCGGAUGUCAGAUCACCUCUUGGGUGCUGUCCAGUGUCCUGGUAGCCAGUACGAAUGUCCCGACUCUGCCACCUGCUGCAUCAUGGUUGACGGGUCCUGGGGAUGCUGCCCUAUGCCCCAGGCCUCUUGCUGUGAAGACAGAGUGCAUUGCUGUCCUCACGGAUCCGCCUGUGAUCUGGUUCACACACGAUGCGUCUCACCCACGGGCACCCACACCCUACUAAAGAAGUUCCCGGCACAGAAGACCAACAGGGCAGUGGCUUUACCUUUUUCCGUGGUGUGCCCCGAUGCUCAGACCCAGUGCCCUGAUGAUUCUACCUGCUGUGAGCUACCCACUGGGAAGUAUGGCUGCUGUCCAAUGCCCAACGCCAUCUGCUGUUCCGAUCACCUGCACUGCUGCCCUCAGGACACUGUGUGUGACCUGAUCCAGAGUAAGUGCCUGUCCAAGGACUACACCACUGAUCUCCUGACCAAGCUGCCUGGAUUCCCAGUGAAGGAGGUCAAAUGUGACAUGGAGGUGAGCUGCCCUGAGGGAGACACCUGCUGCCGCCUCAGCACUGGGGCCUGGGGCUGCUGUCCCUUUACCAAGGCAGUAUGUUGCGAGGACCACAUUCACUGCUGCCCAGCAGGGUUCCAAUGUCACACAGAGAAAGGAACCUGUGAACUGGGUGUCCUCCAGAUACCCUGGAUGAAGAAGGUCACGGCCCCCGUCAGCCUGCCGGACCCACAAGUCUUGAAGAGUGAUGUCCCCUGUGAUGACUUCACAAGCUGUCCUACAGACCAUACCUGCUGCAGACUCAGUUCUGGGGACUGGGGCUGCUGUCCCAUCCCAGAGGCUGUCUGCUGCUUAGACCACCAGCAUUGCUGCCCUCAGGGCUUCACGUGCGUGGGUGAAGGGUACUGUCAGAAGGGAGACAGGAUGGUGGCUGGCCUGGAGAAGGUGCCCGCCCGCCAGUCGGCCGUGCUCCAAAUUGGAGAUAUCGGUUGUGACCAGCAUACCAGCUGCCCAGUAGGGCAAACCUGCUGCCCAAGCCUGAAGGGAGGUUGGGCCUGCUGCCAGUUGCCCCACGCUGUGUGCUGUGAGGACCGGCAGCACUGUUGCCCCGCUGGAUACACCUGCAACGUGAAGGCAAGGACCUGUGAGAAGGAUAUGGCCUCCGUCCAGCCUUCCGUGCACCUGACCCUCGGUCCUAAGGUUGGAAAUGUGGAGUGCGGAGCGGGGCAUUUUUGCCACGAUAACCAGACCUGUUGUAAAGACAGCCAAGGAGGCUGGGCCUGCUGUCCCUACUUAAAGGGUGUCUGCUGUAUCGAUGGACGUCACUGUUGUCCUGUUGGCUUCUACUGUUCAACCAAGGGAACCAAGUGUUUGAGAAAGAAAACCCCUCGCUGGGACAUGUUUUUGAGGGAUCCAGUCCAAAGACCACUACUGUAAGGAGGGGCUACAGACUAAAGAACUCCACAGUCCUGGGAACCCUGUCCCGAGGGUGUCCCCCACUCAGGCCUCUGUAGCACCUCUUCUCCUAGAGUCAUCCCAUCACCAUGGGAGGUAGGGCCUCAAACUAAGACCUCCUUUGGUGGAAAGAAGGCUAUGGCAAAAGCUCCGUAUCAAACUGCCAUUUCUUCCGGUUUCUGUGGCCCUUGUGGACCAGGUGCUCUUCCCGAUCCACAGGUGUUGAGUGAGCUUGCUUGUGUGUGUGUGUGCGAGCGCGCGUGUUGCUCCAAUAAAGUUUGUACACUUUC